AUAAACGUAUAAGAAGUAUGUAAACAUAUUUCAAGCUAACAUUACCAAAAAAUACACAAAUUAUCAUAAAAAUGUUGCGAAACAGCAAAGCGUUUGUUAAUUGUUGGUUUUAUCCAACCACUAUGUUAAAAAGGAAUAUAAGAUCCAUUAUUUCCUUACGAAAAUUUAGUUCAUCGCAAAAUGCAAACAUAAAAGGAAGCUACGAUGUUAUAAUUGCUGGCGGUGGCAUGGUUGGAUGUACUUUAGCAUGUGCAAUGGGUAAGAAGGCUUUACUUUCAAACUUGAAAGUAUUAUUACUUGAGGGUAGUCCUAGUCAAAAAUUUGAACUGAAACAAGAGUACAGUAAUAGAGUGGUAGCAUUGAAUCAAAAUACAAAAUCUUUAAUGAAGUCACUGCAAGUUUGGGAGCAUGUAGAAAAAAUGCGACUUCAACCAGUCCGAUACAUGCAGGUUUGGGAUGCAUGUUCAGAUGCAUUAAUAUCAUUCAGCAGUUCUGACGUACUUGAUGAUGAUGUGGCCUACAUAGUUGAAAAUGAUGUUUUGCUGAACGCAAUUGACAAGGAAUUGAAGAGCUCAGCUGUUAAGAAUGUGGAAAUUGUAUAUGGAGCAAAAAUUGCUGGUUAUGAAUUACCACAAAGUGAAAAUUCAGAAAGUAUUGUUAAAAUGAGUAAUGGAGAUAUCUACAAGUGCCAGUUAUUGAUAGGUGCGGACGGUGCAAAUUCAGCGGUUCGCAAAGCGAUGGGCGUGCAGUACCUGUCGUGGAACUAUGACCAGAUGGGGAUCGUGGCUACCUUACAUUUGGCCGAGGAAACAGAAAACACAACAGCUUGGCAACGAUUUCUACCGACAGGACCUGUGGCGUUCCUACCGCUUGACUCGAAGCGCAGCUCGUUGGUGUGGUCCACGACGCAUGCGCAUGCCAAAGAGCUCGUCAAACUGCCCGACGAACAGUUCGUUGAUGCUCUCAACGACGCUAUGUGGAAGCAGUACCCGCGUCGCAGUACUGUGGACGCGUGCACAAUGUGGGUGGGCGGGAUGCUGCGACGUGCUGGCUUGCCCGACGGUGCGGAGCGGCAGCUCCCGCCCUCAGUGCGUGCUAUUGUACCCGCCUCCCGCGCCGCAUUCCCCUUCGCAUUCGGGCAUAGCACCAAGUACAUCGCGCCUGGUGUUGUACUAGUAGGUGACGCGGCGCAUCGCGUUCACCCUCUGGCAGGUCAGGGUGUCAACCUUGGCUUCGGCGACGUCAAAGACCUGACAGAUUUGUUAGCAGACGCCUUGUACACCGGCUUAGAUAUUUCGCACCACAGCUGGUUACAAAGCUACGAGAGUGUCCGGCAGCGUCACAACGUGCCUACACAGAUGGCUAUAGACGCGCUCUACAGACUGUACAGCUUGGACGUCGCACCUCUCGUGCUGGUCAGAAGUCUCGGACUGCAGCUCACCAACGCAUUUCAUCCCAUCAAAAAACUGAUUAUGUCUCACGCGACGACGUAGCAAAUGAAAUCCAAAAAGUUUUUAACUAAAAUUAGAUUUGCUAUAUGGUUCCUGAGAUAGAUUUUUAACCAAAAUAGUAAUAAUGUUAUGAUAUAAAUUGAUUUCUAUUUAUUAAAAAAAAUACAAAACCAA